AUGAGAAAACAAAUAUCAUCUAUUCUUAUCGUUCUUCUCCACACAUUCAUCUUAUGUCGAUCUCAGAUCAUAAACUAUCAGUGUAAUUUUGACACUAAUCCAUUAGCAGGUGCUUGUCAAUUCACAACACCAACAGGUGGUAAUGCUAUGACUUCAGAUCCUGGUCAGACUCCUGCUGGAAGUCCUAAGCAACCUUUAACUGAUGCCAAGAGCAUCUCAUCGCCAACAAUGCCUAACAAUGAAUAUUGUGAACUACCAUAUAGAGCUCAAGGAAUAAAUUUUGAUAUGUAUUUCUGUCGUCGUUUCAGCGCCACUAAUUCCACAUGUCCAACUAAAUCUGGCACGGGGCAAUGUAAUGCAGGAAGACUUGGUUUAAUAAGACUGCCAACUACUACAGGCUUAAAAGAUUUGACAUAUACUGCUAAUGUUGACGGAAGUACAAACAGUGAACAAUGUCUUGAUUUCUAUUAUUAUAUAACUGAUAAUACAGCGAAUGCUAAAAUCCAGAUUGAAUGGGAAAGUCACUCAGAUACAGCACUUAUAACUGUGGUAACAGCAGUCGCAUCAGAGAAUAAAUGGCAACGUAAGCAAGUUUCUUUUAUGGGUCCAUCAUCUUCUUAUGAAAUUCGUUUUCAAGUGGGGCGCAAUGCACCAGUGGCAGACUUUAAUUUUGCAUUUGAUGAAAUGUAUAUUUAUGAUGAUUCUUGUGAUGCAAUUCCAACGACAACUAUUCCUAAUGUAUCAACUGUUGUAAUCGACACGACUACCACUAAGGUGGUAGAACCUGCUACCACAACUGGAAGCACUACAUCUGGAAGCAUCACAACUGGAAGCACUACAUCUGGAAGCAUCACAACUGGAAGCCCCACAACUGGAAGCACGCCAGCUAGAAGCACCACAACUGGAAGCACGUCAGCUGGAAGCACCACGACUGGAAGCCCCACAACUGGAAGCACGUCAACUGGAAGCACCACAACUGGAAGCGCGACAACACCUAACAUGCCAACUGAUACAGAUCCAAACUUAGCUCUUAUUCUACCACUUGCAGUUGGUAUUCCUGUUUCACUUGGCAUUAUCGGUAGUAUUAUCUACUAUUUUAAAAUAAUUAAAUCCAAACACAAAAUCAAUGUUAACAGUACUAAUACAACUAAUGAUAUUCCACUGGUAACACCAAAUAAUACAACAGAUAAUAAUACAACAGUGGAUGCUCUGGUAGUUUAA